AUUGAAAAGAGAUAAUUCUCAUCUUACACGAGAAUCUAUGUGGUGAUGACAUAUGGUGAUUUCAACAGCCUACUUGUCAACUACAGGAAAGUGAUGUUUUUCUUCCACAUUGAAGCUUUUUGUUUUCUUUCCUUUUUUUCUUCUAUGGUAUAAUCUUUUCAAUCGCUAUAUAAAGACCUCAUAACCUUAACAAGCACAGCAUAGAUCCAUUCCAUUACCUGCAAAGUCAUUUGCAACUACCAAAAAAAAUGGCUGCCAUAUCUUAUGAUUCAAGACUUCACCUUCAAGUAGGCAAGGCUAAUCAUGGAGUUCUAGUUGAAGAAAUUGAAGGGCUCAUUAAAGUUUACAGAGAUGGCCGCACUGAAAGGCCUCCGAUCGUUCCUAAUGUUGCUUGUGCUCCAGCGCCAGAAGAUGGUGUGACAGCAAAAGAUGUUUUUAUUGAUAAGUUGACUAACUUGUGGGCACGUAUUUACCUCCCAAGCUGUCCUGGAACCAGGCUGCCUUUACUUGUUUACUUCCAUGGAGGUGGAUUUUGUGUUGGCUCAGCUGCUUGGAUCUGUUAUCAUGAGUUCUUGGUCAAUCUUGCUUCUAAAGCAGGUUGCAUAAUCAUAUCCAUAAACUACCGUUUGGCCCCUGAAAAUCGUCUUCCUGCUGCUUACGAUGAUGGUACCAAUACUCUUAUGUGGCUGAAACAGCAGGUUUUAAUUGGUUCUGCUGAGCAUAAAUGGUGGCUAAGCCAGUGCAACUUCUCUAACUUAUUCCUAGCAGGUGAUAGCGCGGGUGCCAACAUUGCUUACAAUGUCGCUGCAAGGCUAGGAUCUAGUGUCAUGUCUGAAUCAAACAUAAGGCCAUUCUGUCUCAGGGGUAUCAUCCUGAUUCAACCUUUUUUUGGAGGAGAGGCACGAACUUCUUCCGAAAGACAGAUGACUCAACCAGCCAAUUCAGCUCUGACUCUAUCAGCUUCUGAUACCUAUUGGCGACUAUCACUACCUCUAGGGGCUAACCGAGAUCAUCCAUGCUGCAAUCCUUUGGCAAAUGGGGUGAAUAAAUUGCGCAAUUUGCAGCUUCCGUCCAUAAUGGUUUGCAUAUCAGAGAUGGAUAUAAUGAAAGACAGGAACUUGGAAUUUUCCACUGCUUUGGCUAGUGCUGGUAAGAGGGUGGAAAAGGUUAUUUACAAAGGAGUUGGACAUGCAUUUCAAAUUCUGCAUAACUCUCAAUUCUCUCAAAUUCGGAUUCUAGAAAUGAUGUCCCAUCUCAAGGCUUUCAUCAAUCAAUAGUAAAGAAAACUAUAGAUUUCAUUUUUCUCUUUUCUUCCCUUAAUUUGAACUAUGCAAAACACUUUUGUCAAAACUUAAGGACUUCCAUAUGUUUAUUCAUAGCCAUAAGUUAGUUAGUUAACAGAUGUAUCUAUUUUUUCCUGUUUAAGUCAGUUUAUUCAAAAAAAUUUGCAUCAGCAACAUCAGCUGUCAAAAGUAAUUAUAUAAGAGUAACAUGCUUUCUCUUUUGACCAAAGCAUCACUUUAAACAUAUUUUGAGUCACAUUUUGGCAUGGUCUAUAUUCUUUUAUGCUUUUGGUAAAG